AACCUACCUGCUGGACAGCGACAGUCAAAUAACAGCGAAUAGCGAGAUUAACCAAGCAAAUAAGAAACCCAGCAUCAUGGGUGAACGAUUAAAAGAUCCAAGUAAGAGCUUUGCGUGUUUAUUCUCUGACUGCAAAGCUUCCUUCUCCAAGUCCUGGAAGCUGGAGGCUCAUUACUGCAAACACACCGGCUUGAGACCAUUUGCAUGUGACAGCUGUACCAAAAGCUUCUGCACCCGUUACCAGCUCACCCGCCAUCGGCUGAGCCACAGUGGAGAGCGGCCUUACCUGUGUUCAGUGGAUGGCUGUGCUGAGGCCUUCUCCACAAGUGCCAGCCUUAAGAAUCAUGUAGGGCGUGUGCACCAGAACAAAGAGAGGCAAUAUGUGUGUAACUAUGAAGGUUGUGGCAAGGAGUUCCGGAAGAACAAACAACUCAGGAUUCACCAAAGUGAACAUGCAAACCUGUUUCCCUUUGAGUGUCUCUUUGAGGGCUGUGGGAAGAAGUAUGCCACCUCCCAAACUCUGAAAAGGCAUGAAAAAGUGCAUAAUGGUUAUCCAUGUGCUGAAGAUGGCUGUCCUUUCAAGGGAAGGACAUGGACAGAAUAUCAGGCCCACAGGAAAGCAGAGCACAGAGAGAUCUUCCAGUGUGAUGGCUGCAAGAAGGUCUUCUAUGAAGCCUGGUUCCUGCAGAAGCAUAAACAGUUUGUCCACUCAGGCGAACGACGAAUGUUUAAAUGCACCAAGGAGGGUUGUCAGAAGACCUAUACCACAGGCUUCAAUCUACAGAACCACAUUCUUUCUUACCAUGAGGGCAAGCGCUCCUUCAUCUGCUCUCGUGAGGGGUGUGGUAAAGCAUUUGCCAUGGAACAAAGUCUGAAACGCCAUGCUGUAGUCCAUGACCCUCAGAAGAAGAAAAUGCAGAAGACCAAACUGAAGAACCUUCCAAAGACCAAGGUUUCGGAUGCCUCUGAACUGACUUCACGUCUGCAGAAUGUUUCUUUAAACAAAUCAACAUCUCAAAAUAAUCCAAGGCCAUGACAAUUCCAAAUGGCCAUUAAAUACCCCUUAAUAUUAACUUUUGGUUUCUGGAUUUGAUUUCAGUUUGUAAACACCAUGCUAAAUAAACUCCACACUGCA